AUGGCGGCGGCUCCGGAAAAAGGCGAAGGUAGUGGCUCGGCGGGGCGCAAGGGAUCUGAACCAGCGCUGGAAGACCUACUGCUCAGCCUGAACAUCAAAGAGGAAGACAUUGGCGGCGUUUUCGUCGCAAAGGCGGAUGUGGAGUCACUGAAGGAAGGAUCGAAGUGGAUGGCGGUGAUGCGGCUUCUCUCAUCAAAGCCGUUUAGCGCUGCGUCUUUGGAGAAGACGAUGAAGUUCGCCUGGGCUCCUGCGCAGGCGGUCACGUUUCGUGCGUUGGAAGGGAAUCGGUUCUUGGUGCAAGCCAGUUGCCUAGGCGAUUGGCAGAGGAUCACGGAGCAAGGCCCCUGGAUCUUCAGGGACCAUGGCCUGUUGGUUGAGAAAUAUGACGGGACCUGCAAAGCAUCGUUAGUGGAACUGAACCGGAUCCAAGCUUGGGUGCAGAUACAUGAUGUGCCAGAGCUGUACCGGAAGAAACAUAUCAUUUCCGGGCUAGCUGCGAAGGUGGGUGAAGUGAUCACGGUGGAUAUGCAUGGUGGUGAUUUUGUCCGUACACGUGUAUGGCUCGAUGUGAGGAACGAACUGAGGCGUUUCGUUGCAAUCACGCCGGAAGGAGAGAAACCGGUGGUCAUGCGGGUGAAAUACGAGAAGGUGCCUCGCUACUGUGCUGUCUGCGGACACAUAGGACAUGUAAAGGAGGAGUGCGGGUCGGGUGUGCACGCCCCGACGGCGGAGGCCUUUGGUUCUUGGAUGUUGGCAGAUACGGCGUGGAACAGAGCUCAGCUUUAUGGCAAUUCUGAUCAAGCAUCUUCCCAGAAACCUCAUACACGGGAGGGAGGGGCUCAUGAGGGCCGUGCUCCGGGUCGUGGUGGUAGAAGUGGUGCUGGGAGGGGAGGACGUGAUGGACGCGGGCGAGGGGGUCGCGGCGGAGAGCUAGCUAACCUGGAGAACCGUAAGCGGAAUUCUUCGGAGGCAAGACUGAAUGACGGGAGCCCGGCGAAGGACAGUGCUGCUGCUCCUUUGAUGCUUGAAUGGAAGGACAGUGGGGUCAUUGGCCUGGCUGCUGAUAAAGGAGCGAGCAAACAGCUGGAUUUUGAUGAGGGAGAGAAGGGGAAGUACCCGCCCCGCUUGGGAACUCCUCCUCCCCCUCCAUCGGCUAGGGAGCAGAAGCGUCCCAAGAAACACUCUACAACUAAGAAGGACAAGGCUAUUGAUGGAUCGGCGGCCUCCGGGAAGGAGGACCGCCGGGAACAAUGA